UUAAAGGGUACUUUGAUCUUUCAGUGUAUGGCUUCGCUAUGACAGCCCAUUUUGCUGGUUAUAUAUAACAGCAAAUUUUUCGGUGCUCGGUUUUGGCUGCGUACUUUUGAUAUUUUUUUAUCCUUUGAUCAUACACACUAUUUUUAUUUUGCUGGAUUUUCAUCUGCUGUAGAUACAGCAAUCAGAUACAGAUACAGCUGGUCUUCCAGCAAGUUUUUCGGUGCUCGAUUUUGGCUGCGUACUUUUGAUAUUUUUUAUCCUUUGAUCAUAAUCUAAAAACCUGAAAACAUAAAAAUCUUUCCACCAGCCAGCAUUUGAUGUGCUGAAGCUUGGAAUGGCCAUUGCAAACCAUUCACAUUUGGUUUUUAUCCGCAAAACCGGUUGUCUAGCUCAAAACUUCUGAAAACAGCAGCAGGAGGAAAACACGCACUGGUUGAUGCCGGAAAAAAUACAAGUGUGUGACAAGUGAUUUUGCUGAUUAUUCGGUAAUUUCCACAGAUGCCGAAUUUCCAGCAAACAUAGUAAUCAUUGCUGAAUUCCCACCAAAAAUAUAUAUUGCUGAUACCGCUCCAGCAUUUCAUUUUGCUGGAACGGAAAACCAAAAUUUGGUGUGUAAUCUGAAAACCUGAAAACACAAAAAUCUUUCCACCAGCCAGCAUUCAAUGUGCUGAAGCUUGGAAAGGCCAUUGCAAACGAUUCACAUUGAGCUUUUAUCCACAAAACCGGUUUUCUAGUAUAAAACUUCUCAAAAUCCUUGAAACCAGCAGCAGGAGGACAACACGCACUGGAUGAUGCCGGAAAAAUUUGAAUGAUUUUGCUGAUCAUUCGGUAAUUUCCACAGAUGCCGAAUUUCCAGCAAACAUAGUGAUCAUCGCUGAAUUCCCAGCAAAAUAAAUAUUGCUGAUACCGCUCCAGCAAUUCAUUUUGCUGGAACGGAAAACCAAAAUUUGGUGUGUAAUAGAGGUACGUUUGACAUUGACGUCCGUUGUCAAACUGACAUUUCGAUUUUUUUUUUCGCCGCCGCCCCCCGAGCAGUUUGUUUACUUCCUCACGAAAAUGAUGACGAGCACGGAGCACCGGAGUUUCCAUCGCAGCUGGAUGACGAUUGGUUCAGCAUGCUUUUCGUUUUUCUUCGCCACGUUUAGAAUGGACAGAAUCACAACCUUUUUCCGAAGACUUCGGAGUGCAUCAAUCCAGAAAGGAACAUCAAUUUCAUCAGCCUUUCGCAAAGUUUGCGUUUAGUGAUUCAGUGUUUGGGCGUUUCCUCUACCCAUCAAUAUGGUUCUGGAUUUGGAUUUGUUCCGCAGCGACAAGGGUUAUGAUCCGUCCAAUAAGUUCAAGCAAACCUGGAGUUGCGCUUCACAGGAUGUCGGCCUGGUGAAUAUGGACAUCGAGUAGGACGGCGUGUGACGCAAGUGUCGCUUCAAUGCGGACAAUUUCAACAGACUGAGAAAUCUGAGCAGUAAGGAAGUUGUCGAAAAAGAAAAGAGAACGAAGAGCAGGGAGCGGAGGAUGAACCGGUGCUGAACGAGGUGACCUCGUGUUCCGGUCAGCAACUGCUGGUGCGCUACGGUCAGACAAGAUUAACGCAGCUGUGGACUUUGUGCAUAUGCUCAGAGCCUGAUUUAUGAGGAGCAAUGGCCCCGGGCCCCUACAAAAUUUCACUUAGUGACAAUCAUUUUCGUAACAUAUCCUAAAUUCUAAUAAAAACUGAAAACUCGAUGCUUGUCAGUGCAAUCGGUUAGGAAUUAGAGGAAAUUUUCCCCUUAGUCAGCUUAGAACACCCGCUUAACCAUCCACAUCAUAACCGGACCAUGCCCACAACAUCCGUCGUUCAUGCUUUUUGGUCGUCAAUAAGAAACCGCUUCUGCGCCACGUACAUUACCAUUCUCAGCAAAUACAAUCGGUACAUGUUAUUUUGGUCACCGUCGUGACGCAGGUUUUCUCUGUCUUGUUCCGGAUUCCAUCUGGAUUCCGAGAAUAUGGACCAUAACUAUCAGCCACCACAAACGCCGCCCCGCAGGUUCGUUAACUACAUCCGAAUGUAAAUAAACUAUGUGAAACACGUGAUGUUUUGACAGCACACCGAGGGGUCUGCCAAAGCAAAAUAUGCUGAUAUCAAAACUAGGGGUUUGCGGAUGAAAAGACCCCGUUUUGUUUUAAAUGAAAAGACCCCAAAAUAAAAAGUUUUUUUCACCAUCUGCUUGAUCUUACCAUUUAUCUUUGGUAUUAGUAUAGACAAACUUCUGUCAUUUUGCUAAAAAACACGUGAUUUUGGUUUUGGCGGGAAAGUUUUCUCAUUCACUUUACUCUGCGGGUGUCAGUUCGCAGCGAGGUAACGACUGCGGGCGUACGACCACCGCAGGACUCUAAUAAAAGAUAAGCGCGAAUAUUAUCACUGCGAUUAUCUAUGGACAUUUCAAGAUAAACGCGUUUCGCGGUUUUGUCUUGCAAGGCACAAUAUAUUUAAGCGCCGCAAUAUUGUGCCUUGCAAUGAUUUCGCGACAUGCCUGCAAAUUGUUCGAUGGGUCAAAACAAAUGCUCACACUUCAGUUCACAUGGAGUUUUUGUUCUUGCAUCAGUCGCGAUUCGCUGGUUGAGCCACAACUACCGCCCAACCAACGAAUCUGAUUCGCUCGUUGGGCCAUCUAACAGUCGUCGUAAAAUGCUGUAGGAUAAUCGAAUCUUAUGUUGUGAUUGUGAGAGCGUCGCGAUGCUGUAUGUUGGUGUGAGUGUAAAAUGAAAAUUGACGUCUUGUUUUGACAUCCAGUUACUUUUUAGUUGAGAUAUUGCUCGAUUAGCGGAGGCCCAACUAAAAAGCGGCCCAAGUAUUAUAAGGCCCAACGAGCGAACCGCGACACAUCAUUCCACCCAAAAACAUUCCCUUUUACGUCUAAGCUAUAGCUAAGGAUUCAUUCACAAAUUACGUAACGCUAAAAUUGGCCAUUUUGGACACCCACCCACCCUCUUGUAACGCUUUUUAUAUGGAAAUUUUUCAGAAUUUGUAUGAGCCGUAACAUCGUCCGGACACCCACCCACCCCCUUCAGCGUUAUGUAAUUUGUGAAUGAGCCCUAAGACCUCACCCAAUGUACGGUGAAACUGGUGUGAACAUUUUGUGGUGGGACAAUCUUUUCUGCCUGUGCGUCGAAUUAGGUGCAAAAAAGUCAAUAUUAUGCCGUUUUUCUUUUUGAACCUGGGUUGGUGCUGAAUUCAUAAACAAGCCAACGUCAGACAAAUGUCUGUUCGGUCGAACCUGAAAUUUGUCCGACAUUGAAUUGUUUAUGCAUUCAGCACCAACCCAGUUCCACCCCAAGUUAUGGGCGAUAUCCACUUCGUAGUACUGUGCAAAAGGAUAGGGCAAGUAGAGCCAAGAAAUGAUCAAGGAAUGAUUUCGCUGUCAAAAUUACUUGAGCUGCAUCCAGUUGGAAAGUAGAACAAUUAUCGUAACGUUUCGUGACGCUUACCGGGCAAAUCAAAUGGAGCUAUCACUUUUCCGUACGGAAAAAUAUUCCGCUCGAUUAUUCCGCAAGUAAAAUUGACAUCUCGCUCAUACUGAACCAUCUGUCAAAAUUACUUUGGUAAUUUUGUGAGAAAUUUACUUGAGUGUUCUACUUGGGAUCAGGAUACCAGACUUAAAAAAAAACGACAUUACGAACAAGCGCAAAUGAUGAUUCAUUCGUUUGGAGGAGGAGGUUUUCGUUCAGUGCAUAACGCUCGUUCGUUUUUUUUCUAUUUUACCGCAAUAUUCUAUGUUUUCAUUUUGUGUGUUGCUUUCAUUUGGCUUGACAAAAUAUGUGUAAGUAAUAAUUUUCAUGCAUUUUUCGAUCUUUGUGUGUUGGCGCCAUUUGCAUUUUCUCUAUUUCCGGUAGCAUCGUAAGUAGAGUGCGCGUGUGAGAAAAGAUAUAUUUUCCGUUUUCGAUAAUAAAACAUGAGACCCGAUCAAUAUUCAUUAGAAAGGAUGAGGGCAGCUAAAAAGCUGUUCCUCAGGAAGAAAAAUAGAUCAGAACCGGUUAGCGGUGACCAAGCGGUUUCAGGUCGAGAGGAUAGCCAGAGGGAACUUCCCGAACAACAGCAAACAGCGGUAAGCAUCUUUCAGGUUAGGUUUCUCUGUUGGUGCAAUAAAAAAUGGGAUCCGAUUUAGCACUAACAACUCACUUCUUUCGAUUUCUGUUUGCUUUUGCUUAAUAGAAUUUCGCUUGGAAUCGCGUUGUUACGCGGAGGAUGUCAGCCACAACCUUUACGGUCCGAAAUGAACAUCCCGCACAUCGCGUUCAAACGCGACGGAUUUCGACGACAAACUUGGCUGUCCGAGAGCAGGAGAAAAAUCGCGUCCAAACGCGGCGAAUGUCGAUAGCGUCCGGUGCGGCCCGAGAGCGGCAGGAAAAUCUCGGACAUCGUCUUCGAGAGCAGCAGGACCACCUCGGACAGCGCGUCCAAACGCGGAGAAUGUCGACCGCAUUAUGCACAAUCCGAGAGCAGCAGGAACAUCCCGGACGGUCAUCGGUGGGCAAGCUGCAGUCACAGGAACACCCAGGACAAAACAUCCAAACUCAAGCAAAUCGCGUCCAAACGCGGCAGUUGUCGAUCGCACGCUCUGCGGUCCGUCAGCAGCAGGGUCAACGUGUCCAAACGCGGCGGAUGUCAAUCACACCAUCUGCGGUUCUCGAGCAAUUGGAACAUUCCGGACACUCUGCGGUCCACAAGCAGCAACCGCAAAUUUCCGCUUGUGAACAUAAAAAGCGGACAAACAUGAAGGUAGCUUUCGCUGAACUUCCGUUGGAGGCACGUUCGAAGAAACCACCCAACAAAACUGCGGUUGAGCACAAUACGCAAGCGAAGUCGCCUGCACAAUCCAAAACCGAGGAACGUUAUCGAUCAUCUCAGAACGUCAAGGCUGGAGCGAAGCCCGAAACGCCACUCGUGGGUCAGAAACCGGCGAGUCAGGAAAGCAGCCAACAUAAUUCAGCAAAAGCUCAGCAAUCCAACGAAAAGAAGUUUCGCCAACAUCCUGAGAAGAUCAAGACUAAGGCGUAUCCCAAAAUGCAAGGUUCAGACAUGGACGGAACCAUUCUGCCGACGAGGCGAUUGGAAACAGUAGGCGGGUUUCCGACUGAGGUAAGUGACCCAAUGUGGCCUUCUUCUUCUUCUUCUUCUUGACAUUACGUCCCCACUGGG